ACCGGAAAUAAAUUCCAUUUAGAGCAACAACAACCAACUUCUGUUCGAACUUUGUGACACAACCCUGAAACAUGGCACCGACAGGAAAAAUAGCAUUUGGUAGUCCGGCACAAGUAUGUGCCAACAACCGUCUACGGUGGGACCUGACCCCAGACCAGAUCGAUCAGCUCUCUGAUGAGCUGAUUUCCAAGACCAAGAUGGUCUAUGAUUCGGUUGGGUCUUUGGAAUUGACCUCUGUGACCUAUGAGAACACACUGAAAGCCCUUGCUGAUGUAGAGGUGGAGUACACAGUCCAGAGAAAUAUGCUGGAUUUCCCUCAGCAUGUGUCCUCCUGCAAGGAAGUGCGCACAGCCAGCACUGAGGCUGACAAGAAGUUGUCGGAGUUUGAUGUAGAGAUGAGCAUGAGAGAGGAUGUCUACAAGAGGAUUGUAGCCCUGGAGGAGAACUCAGCCAUCUUAAAGGAACUGGUACAGCUGAGAGCCGAAAAAAGUUUCCUGCUUGGCUUCAGCAGCCAUGCUGACUUUGUCCUGGAGAUGAACAUGGCAAAGUCUGGCAACAAGGUGGACGCUUUCCUAGAGGAGCUGGCCCAUAAGCUGAAACCCCUUGGAGAGGAGGAGAGGGCAGUGAUCCUAAAACUAAAGGAAAAGGAGUGUCUGAAGAGAGGCCGGCCCUUUAAUGGGGAACUGUAUGCCUGGGACACACGCUAUUACAUGACCCAGGUGGAGGAAACCCAAUAUGCAGUGGACCAGAACCAAUUAAAGGAGUACUUCCCCAUGGAAGUGGUGACGCAGGGUUUGUUGGAAAUCUACCAGGAGUUGUUGGGCCUUUCUUUUCAACUUGUGGAAAGAGCCCCUGUGUGGCACCCAGACGUCUCACUCUACUGUGUUAAGGACAGUACAUCAGGCCAGGAGCUGGGCCAGUUCUACUUGGACCUUUUCCCACGAGAGGGUAAGUAUGGCCAUGCUGCCUGCUUUGGCCUGCAACCUGGCUGUCUGCUGCCCGAUGGUACCCGGCAAAUGUCUGUUGCAGCUAUGGUGGCCAACUUCAGCAAGCCUACAACCGACGCCACCUCAUUGCUGCAGCAUGACGAGGUGGAGACCUACUUCCAUGAGUUUGGCCAUGUCAUGCACCAGCUGUGCGCUCAGACGGACUAUGCCAUGUUCAGUGGGACCCAUGUAGAGCGUGACUUUGUGGAGGCACCUUCUCAGAUGCUGGAGAACUGGGUGUGGGAAAAGGAACCGCUACAACGCAUGUCCAAACACUACAAGACUGGCAAGCCCAUUCCCGAUGACCUGCUGGACAAACUCAUUAAGUCCCGGCUAGCCAACACUGGCCUGUUCAACCUGCGGCAGAUUGUACUGGCCAAGGUGGACCAGGCACUGCACACCAAGAAUGGUUUGGACCCAGCUGAGGAGUAUGCCAGACUGUGUCAGGAGAUCCUAGGAGUGCCCGCCUCUUCAGGGACCAACAUGCCUGCUACAUUUGGCCAUCUGGCUGGUGGGUAUGAUGCCCAGUACUAUGGCUACCUAUGGAGUGAGGUCUUCUCCAUGGAUAUGUUCUACGCUCGCUUCAAGCAGGAGGGCAUCAUGAACCCUAAGGUUGGUCUGGACUACAGAAACUGUAUUCUGAAGCCUGGUGGCUCUGAGGACGCUGCUGAAAUGCUCAAAAACUUCUUAGGUCGGGAACCAAAGCAGGAAGCGUUCCUUCUCAGCAAAGGACUGACAGUGGAUAUAGAGUCAGGCACUCCAUGUGCCUGUUGACCAGUCACAUCCAGCUCACUGUACUCAAUGCUGAUCAACCAUACACCCAGGAUUAACUUUUUAGAAACAAUUUAAAAAUAAAAUAAACACCUUAAUGUUUAUUCCUAUGCAGCUCCACAUUAUCCUUUUACUGUUUCCUUUUUCCACUUCGAAUGGAGUACUGUGUUUUGGGAGAUUUGUCAACUGAUUUGAAAUUGCAUUUGAUAAUGGUUGAAAAAACAACAUAAACUAUUAAUUGAGUCAA